CGAUAUUCGUAUAAAAGCGGGGUAACGGGUCAGCCGUACAUUAGGAUACUUUGAAACGUAUAAUUUAACGGGUUGUUAGGCGAUUUCGUCGAAAUGAGGGCUGUUUUGAUUGUAUUAGCAUCUGUAUCGCUGGUGUGGGGUCUGCCGCGGCCGCAGCGAGGUAUCAGGCAGCGAUGUGUCAACAUGUGGGACGAGGGCUGCAUCAACGGACAGCUGACAGGGGCAGGUAACGAUGACUCGUACCUGAACGGCGGGUUCAACCCCGGCAAGCGCUGCGUCAACAUGUGGGACGAGGGCUGCAUCAACUCACAACUCGCCGGAUCAGGCAGUGACGACUCGUACCUGAACGGCGGGUUCAACCCCGGCAAGCGCUGCGUCAACAUGUGGGACGAGGGCUGCAUCAACUCACAGCUCGCCGGCUCCGGCAGUGACGACUCGUACCUGAACGGCGGGUUCAAUCCCGGCAAGCGCUGCGUCAACAUGUGGGACGAGGGCUGUAUCAACUCGCAACUCGCCGGCUCCGGCAGCGACGACUCGUACCUGAACGGCGGGUUCAACCCCGGCAAGCGCUGCGUCAACAUGUGGGACGAGGGCUGCAUCAACUCACAACUCGCCGGCUCCGGUGCUGACGACGGCUACCUCAAUGGAGGCUUUAACCCCGGAAAGCGGUCUUUGAAACAACUGGCAGCGAAACUUCAGAAAAUGCAUAAAAGUUUUGGAAAAACUCAUUCUAUGUAGAAUAUCAUAUAAUAUCACUAUAAUUUCAAUAAUUCUGCAUAACUGCAUUGCUUGUUUUCUUUAGUUUUGACGGAAAAUUAUGGAGUACUCAUACUAUAAAUUUGAUACUUUUGUCUCUUUUAUUUUGACGUAAGCUGGUCUAAAGUAUAAUAUAUGUAUUAAUAUAUCCGUAAUUUCCUUUGCCAAUAUUAAACAGAUAUAAAAAAGCCAA